CCAUCACUUGUGAAAGCUUUGUCCUGCCUAUAUGAAAAGUUUUAUCAAAAUCAUAUUGAUCCAAAUAAAGAAAUCCUUGUGACAGUAGGAGCAUAUGGAUCUCUCUUUAGUGCCAUUCAAGGAUUAAUUGAUGAGGGGGAUGAAGUGAUAAUAAUAGUGCCUUUCUAUGACUGCUAUGAGCCCAUGGUGAGAAUGGUUGGAGCAACACCUGUUUUUGUUCCUCUAAGAUCUAAACCUGUUGAUGGAAAAAAAUGGUCUAGUUCUGACUGGACAUUAGAUUCUCAAGAACUGGCGAGUAAAUUUAAUUCCAAAACCAAAGCUCUUAUACUAAAUACUCCACAUAACCCUAUUGGCAAGGUGUAUACCAAAGAGGAACUCCAAGUAAUUGCUGAUCUUUGCAUCAAACACAAUACACUCUGUAUCAGUGAUGAAGUUUAUGAAUGGCUUGUAUAUACUGGAAAUAAACAUUUUAAAAUAGCCACUUUUCCAGGUAUGUGGGAAAGAACAAUAACAAUAGGAAGUGCUGGAAAGACUUUCAGUGUAACUGGCUGGAAGCUUGGCUGGUCCAUUGGUCCCAGUUAUUUGAUAAAGCAUUUACAGACAGUUCAACAAAAUGCCAUCUAUACUUGUGCAACUCCAUUACAGGAAGCCUUGGCUCAAGCUUUUUGGAUUGACAUCAAGCGCAUGGAUGACCCAGAAUGUUACUUUAAUAUUUUACCAAAGGAGUUAGAAGUAAAAAGAGAUCGGAUGGUCCAUUUACUUGAAAGUGUUGGGCUAAAACCUGUUGUUCCUGAUGGAGGAUACUUCAUCAUUGCUGAUGUAUCUUUGCUAGAUGCAGACCUCUCUGAGAUGAAGAGCAGUGAACCUUACGACUAUAAAUUUGUGAAAUGGAUGACUAAAAAUAAGAAACUGUCAGCCAUUCCUGUUUCAGCAUUUUGUAACUCAGAGGCCAAAUUACAGUUUGAGAAAUUUGUGCGGUUUUGCUUCAUUAAAAAAGAUAGUACACUGGAUGCUGCUGAAGAAAUCAUCAAAGCAUGGAAAAACCAGAAGUUUUGAUGUAUGAAGACUGCAUUAAUUUUAUUAGAUGACUCAUACAGCAUUGUUAUUUAGUGCUGCCACCUGCUGGAUAUUGAAAAACAAGUAUUUCACUACAAAUGGAAUUCAAACAAAUUUUCCAUUGUUUUUCUAAAGAAGUUAACCCUGCUCUUAACAGUAUUCAAGGGUCCUGAUAUUUUUUUCAGCUGAUACAUAUUUAAACACCUUCCAUUACCAUUUUUAGAAGAUCAUUAUACUACAGGAGAUAAGAACUUUGAGGUGCCUGUCAAUCCUUGUUUCCCUCAUCAUAAAAGGAACAUAAACAUAGCACCAACUUCAUAUGGUUGUUUAUCAGGAUUAAAUGGACUAAUAUAUGUAAAACAUGGCCAACAAUAAACACUCA